UUCUAACAGGCUCAACUAGUAAACCGCACUUCACACCAGCCCACUUUUGUGCCUUUAGGGAGCAGUUUGCAAGAGCUAUUUGGCUUUUUUUUUUUUUUUUGAAUUUCCCUUUCAGAACAGGAGUGUAUCAAACAACAUUCCACAUGAAGCGUUCUCAGAAAUCAAACUGCAAAAUUCAGUCUGCUUUCCUAUGCUGGUACCUAAAUGUGUCUGGAGCUGCAGCUGGUUAAACGAAGAGUCCAGCUUAACUUUGUGUGAAACACCACAGAUUUUCACAAUAGCUUUGUACAAUCCCUUUGUGUAGAUAUCCAAGGGCUAAGGGGGCUGAUCAGUCUCGAACGCCGUUCAAAACAGCCAGUCAUUACAGAACACUGUCUGUCUUUCAUACCAGGUCAGCAGAAAUCUUGUGAGGAUGGUCUUAGCUGUUUGCAGCCAGAUCUGUACCCACCAUUUCACCCCAGGGUUAAAAAGGAAAAGCUUUCAUUUUCUAACAUCCCUUUGCAAUCUGAGCUGGGGGCGUAUGACAUUAUUUUUUGUACAUUUCUUUCUCCCGAGAGCACAAAACCUACCGCCGACCCCAACAUAAGUAGGCACAGUGCCAUGGAAGCUGGUGGAAGUUACACAAGGGUGCGAAACGGUUUAUGGAGCCAGAUCACACACUGGACCCAAUGUUGGCUCGUGGGCUGUAGGUGGGGCUUUCGGCAUUUGUGUGGGAGCUCUCCAAUGAGACCCAGAGGGGUCAGGCUACAACGUCUGGUUUUCAUAAGAGCAUCUCCCUCCAGUAGGGCUGCGGCAUGGGCGGGGUUUGAUCGAACUAAAAUAAACACCGACACGCAGCAUCUGCUACGCGCAGCCUCAGAAGGACAGACUAAUAGUUAAGACGACAGCUUAUUCACCAAAACGUAACUCCACCAAGAUGAUCAAAUCCUUCAAGCAAACAUUUCUGUCCCUGGAUCUGCAGUCCCCUCGGUGGAACCCAGCAGAGACAACGGCAAACGAUUAUGAACUGCGCCACUAUGAAACAGCUAAAUGGGUCAGCACAGUCGUCAGAGGAGAGACCCAGAAAGAAGCAUUGCGCCAGGGCUUCUGGAAACUCUUCCACUACAUCCAAGGGAAGAAUGAGAAAGAGAUGAAGAUUGAUAUGACUGUGCCAGUGACAUGUCUGGUAAAGCAUGGCUGUGCAGACUUCAAGGUCUCUUUCUUUGUGCCAUUUGAACAUCAGGACUCCCCUCCCCAGCCCACCGACUCAGAUGUGUUCAUUGAGGAGCGGAAGACAGCAGCCAUCUUUGUCCGGUCCUUCAGUGGAUUUGCCUCAACAGAGAAAUAUGCUGAGGAAGCUGAAGUCUUGGCCAAAAUCUUAAGAAACAGAGGCCAAGCAUUCCAUGAGGAUUUCUUCUACACUGCAGGCUAUGACAGUCCCUUCAAACUCUUCAACAGGCACAAUGAAGUCUGGUAUUUUAAGAAGUAAUGCAGGGGAAGAAUAAAUGCAGGGGGAGAAUACUAAGAGGCUACUAACCAGUUCUGAAUGAAAAAAGACCUUAUUAAUGGCUUUUGCUUUAGUGCAAAAGAGAUUUAAUUUGCACAUGAACACAGGAACAUCUCUAAUUCACUUUACCUAGGAUGAAAAACUGUUCUGCCUAAGAUUUCAGUUCUCCUUUCUACAGAGAUAUAAUUGAAGUUUAAGUAGCUCACACAAGCUGGAUUGUGAGGGAGAUGAAACAAUUCUUUUCCUCUUACUGAAAAGCUCUUGGUAGCACUAAUUAUCUGAAAACAUUCCUGCAGAAGUGUUUGUAUGUCUGAUUUUACUUCUUGUUGGAAUUACCACAGCAAUAGUUCAAGUGUUAUGGAGAUAAGUUCUUCAUAAAGCUUUUCCCCUAUUGAUAUCACACCUGAAACACCACAGAAAUAUGGGGGAAGUACAUUAAAUAUAUAUAUCUUUUUAAAGAAACCUGGCACUAAUUAGCUUCAGGAAAAAGCAAUUCUUUAGCAGGCCCCAGUGCCACCUAAGUGUUUAUAUUUAAUAGAAUUAUCAAAAUCUCCCUCCUCUGGUUAUAGCUUUCUGUCUCAUGGAGGCUGGACGCUAUCUUGCUCCAGAAUAAUUAUACUUGAUCCAGUGGAAGCAUGUCAGAAUACAAGCUGUAUACUUAUUCUGUGAAAAUCUAUUGUUGCUCCAUUAUAGACUGUCUCUAUACUGCUUCCAUAGUUGGUAUUUUUGAGCAGUAUUUUAUCUUUUGGAAUUACCUGACUAAAAAACUCUUGAGAAGUUGCAUCAGCCACUAUGGGUCUUGGAAUGAGCUAAUAUCAGCACUUCAGCAGGCUUCAGUCUGAACAAAAAAGCAAAGCCCUCCAAGUAGCUGCAGUCCAAUAAAACACCAGAUUUUCUUUAACUACUGAAAUUAGCAUAAUUAAGUCAUGUACUACCAGACAUACCAGUUUAGAAACAAAUAUGCAAAUCAUGUUUAGCUCCCACCUAUAAAACACUAAUUGUACUUUUUUGUAACUUUGCCUAAAUCUAGAUAGUGCUCAUGUCAACUCCAGUCUGCUCUAACACUGGCAAUAGCUACACACCCUCUACAGUAAAGGACACUUGCAGGACUUGCAUUACCUUAAACUAGUUUGCUCCCUACCCUAAAGUCAAGCAUUUGAAGCUUUUACAAAAUAGCCGAGAGCUAAUUUACAGCAUGCUCAUCAAGUCAGAAAGCAGUUCACAACAGGCAGAGUUUACAAAAUUUUAUUGGCUCCAAUCAGUGUAUGAGGCAAAUGUUACCACCACAAAAUCUUGGUUUUCUAAUGCUGUUCAUGCAAGUGUAGCCGAUUAUUCUGGGAUCUGCCACCUAUUAAGUACAGCAUAAGAACCAUUAUAAGGCACCAAACUAGCACAAGAAGUUGACUGGAACAGCUCAGACCUUAGAUUUUCAUCUCUGUUCAGUGAGAGAGUUCAAGCUAAGGUUUUAAUCAUCAUUUGUUCCGGCAAAUAAGUUUUAUUACUACAGUUACACUCACCUUUCUCAUUCCUCAUAUUAGUUUCAAAGUUGCCUCCUCACCUAAAGUAAGAAAACGCAGUUAACAUGCAGUAGCACAACUACUAAAAGUUCCUCUCAGCAGCUGUGUAGCCUCAGAAAGAAUGGAACGGAAGUGGUAAUAUCACAGUAACUCAUCUGGCAGAAUCAAGUUUCAUCAGUGGCUACAAAAGCUCCCUAAGUUUAAGAAAAGAUCUGCUGUGUGAUCUUACCCAGUGAGGCAGCAGACAAUAGUUCUUUCCUACGGAAGAGAGAAAAUUGUUUCAGAAUAAAGUAUCACUAUACGCAACUUUAUAGAUCUACGAAAUUCUAUACAAAUUAAUUUUAACCCAUUACAAGGCUGCAUUUUGGCCACCAACUGACAGCUUCAAUAUGUAACAUUCAAAUAGAAUAUAAAAACUUAAAAAUCUUAAUUGAAUUGUCAAUACAGAAUUACUAACAUCAGAAGAACCACAAGAAAAGUAGUUGGUUAUAUUUGCUUUAUGAUACUGUCCCUCCCCAGAGAGAGAUUCUGUUGGAAUGAGUUAUGAUACCUAAAAUACAAGUCCCAUAAAGGACAGGUUUUUGAGAUGAGCUUAAAAUAGGUAACUUAUUGUGGGUGAGAACAGGUCUAGUCAAGAGAGGUUUGUACAGUCUACAACUUCAACUUGGUCCUGAAUAUGUGUACACUGAACAAAACCACAACUGUCACCACUCAAGUGAUUUUUGCCAACUACAGGAUAUCAGAUUGUGUUUUUUUUAUUUCAGAAGUGCAGCAGUGUUACAGUUAGUUCAUAAAACAGCCAGAUACAGAGUUACGACAGGAGUUGUAUGCUUGCUGCUGUACAGCACUCUGCUGUAUUACAUUAUCAACAUUGUAUUGGUUUAA